AUGACCCAACAACUCUUCGAUAAAGGAAUGUUGACAAACAGCCCAAGAUUAAGCUCCUUUAGUGGAGCAACUAAUCAAGGGAACAUCGAACUGGCAGAUAAAACAGAUAAAGAAUCCGAAGAACAGCUGUUCACAGAAGUGUACUGCGGCAAAAGACAAAGAUCCAGUUCAGAUGCAGUUAUGCGCAAUCAAAAGCAGGCAAAAUUGAACUACUGGCUUGCAACACCAGCAGUACCAACAUCCAAUCGAUUCAAAGGGCUCGAAGUUAUAGAGCAAGCAGACAAGCCUGAAAUACAAACACCGAAGCCCACAAGACCUCCUCCACUAUUUAUGGACGGAGUCAAGAAUAUACAACCUCUGAUGAAACUAUUAGAAGACGUAGCAAAAGGAGAAUAUGAAAUCAAGGUAUUACAAGGUGACAGAGUUAAAAUACAACCAAAAUCAGCUGAAUCAUACUCCACCAUUUAUAAAGAACUAAAGGCUAAAGAUACCGAAUUUUAUAGUUACCUACCAAAACUAGACCGCAGUUUUAGAGUUGUGCUAAAACAUCUGCACCCAUCUACAGACAAAGAGGAUAUAAAAAUAGCUAUUGAGGAACUUCACCACAAAGUAGUAAAUGUCUGGAACAUCCAAAACUCAAGAACAAAACAGGCGCUACCAAUGUGA